AUGGUUGUAUGGAUGAGUUUGCAACUGGCCGAAGUAAAACAGGAUGGUUUUAAACUGUGAUGGGAUCGGAAUUGGCAACUCCAAUUUCUGCACUUAUCCAGAUCAAAAUUGGAUUAAUUUGACAUAAAGAAAUAAUGAUUUAUCCACAGAAACAUGGAUGGAUUUUUCCAAAUGUGUAUGGAAAUAAGUGUAAUAGUGAGAUUGCAUAAGGAGUAUCCCCUCACAUCCUGUCUCUAAUCCAGCCCUGGAAAUAUCAUGACUUUAGUAUUAUAAGGUUCUGGCUGGGUUAAGAAUGACUGGGAGGAGACAGAACUGUAGACGGUCAUGCUAUCUCUUUCUAUAUCACCUCAAUUCCAGAAAUACUGAAUCAUUGUAAACUGUAUAUUAACACGCUGAAUGUGAGAAUGAACAACUGUUUUGCUGCAGUUUCAUCUGAUGGUGUAAUCAGGCUUGUAAAGGCAUGCUGGUUAGAUGAGAAGUUGUUAAAUGAUACCUAGACUUGAUAAAUGUGUGUGUCAGUGUACGUGUCCGUGUGUGUGUGUGUGUGUGUUUGUGUGUGUUAAUCUGCUGAUUCACUCGGCUGUCAUACACUAAAUGGCUCUUAUCAGUGACUGAUGUGAUCUAACAGAAGUUCAGCAACUUCUUGCCCUCGGCUAACAGGACCAAUUCGACUUAUCUAACCUUUUACACCACUUUGAAGAAUUAUGACAGUAUAUAGAUAAAGGGGCCUGACAAGUCUGAAAAAUAGCCUAUUAAAGUUAAUUAAUAUGAGCAGUGGAACAGUGAAAGAGAAACCUUCUUCCUUUGUCUUCCUUGACGUCUUCAAGUCAUUUGCUAUCACCGAUGUUUGAGCUGUCGCAGAUAAGCCUCUGGUGUAAAGGAUGGUAGUUUCUUCUUCCCAUGGCGGACAGUGAGUGGAUCGCUAAAUCUUUCUGGUCUCGGAGAGUCACUUUCUUGAGGAGAUGGAACCAUGCAGUGUGUGUAAGAUAGAUAGAUAGAAAAAAGAGGGAAAGAAUUGAAGAAUGUUUUCUGGAGCCCUAUUAAUUUCACGGAACCCCUGUGGUGCUGAGCAGUCGGCGUUCGGAUGGAUGAAGUCUUAAGUGUGGAUAAUAAAUUACGAGGGUGUGCCGGGGCACAGCAGGCACCAGAGCCCAAUUAAUGAUAAAUGUUCUCACAGGUGAACCAUAUUUCUUUCUACAGUAGUCCCGCUUGUUCCUUGUCCAUCUGUCACAAAUGAGGCUAAGGCCUUGGCCUUUUGCUGCUUCGCAUACGAUGCGGUUUUAUCUAAACAGCACAGGGUGUACCACAAGAAAAUGUGCACAAGGUAGUAAUCCUGGUAGGAAAAUAACAGUCAUUAUUGUUGCUUGGAUCUUGUGGUUGCUCAAGAGCUCCUGGUUUAGCAUCAGGAAAUGUUUUUUGUAUUGUGAAGGUUGGGGAUUAGUAAUAGUGAUCCCAGUCAUACCUGUGAGAAACGACAGUUAGGCUUGUCGUCUUGUAAAUUGCAGAUAAUAUCUGCCUAAGGCUAAUUAAUCGGAAUUAAACGGAUUAGAGAAAGAAUGCUGGCUUUGCAAAUCCAGGGUGUUGUUCUGCAUAAUAUCGUACUCUUCCACUCAGCAUGUUUAACUGCUGUUCAAUUAAUUUUACUUCAUUUUCUUGAUUCCACUUCCAUUUUCAUGGCCUGGGAUUUAAUUAGCACUUCAGAUAAGACCAUCAAGACCUUCCUUAAUGCAACUGCUUUUAAGGAGCUCCUUAAGUGGAUUAAUGGGCAAAUCGGUUUAUCUUCAAUAGUUCGCAAUUUGCCAGCUCGCAUUACCGCUGAUAAGAACAUAAUCACUCAUGGAAUGAAACACAGUGAACCAUGAUGGUGUACACAGUCACAGUCCCACUCAGGAAUUUUAUGGGAAUUCUUGGGAAACCUCUUGCAUGACCACCAUCACCACCACCACCACCACCACCAUCACCGCACUAUUCGCUUGCUUCAUUUACUCGUUCACCCUUGCAGUAUUUUAAACCCUUGUGGAAUGUAAGUGUACCUCCAGACGUCGGUUCUGGGAGUGCAUCGGGUACAACUGGGAUGUCGUGGUCACGGCGUUAAAGCUUACUUAAUGCAUCCAGUUGUGUCCAUCAGUCUAGGAAUGAACUGUGAAGUCACGGCAUGGCGAAGAGACAUCAGAGACAUCGGAGAUAUGUUCAAGCUUAUGGAAGGCUGGAAUGGGGUUCGUUUUAGAGCUCAUUUAGACAAGGAUUACAUGGAAGUCACUUUGCUUAAGGAGUUAUUUUCCAUGGUCUGCACUGUGGAAUGAGCUGUGAUGGGGAAAAACCCUUGAGCUGCAUGUCAUAUCAGCCUCAAAUGCUCCAUGUAUUAUUUGCACACUUAUCUGGCCACAAGCUUGAGAAUCCUUUAGGCUGCAAUCUGGCUGUUCAGAUGUCUGUACAUACAAACGUUUGAACAACAAAAUGAGAUAUUUGGAGCAAUAUCUAGGCAUGGUAUGAAAAAAAAAAGUUCAAGGCAGAGUUUUGUUUUGAUAAGAUACACUCGUUUGUCGACGAGCUACAGGAAAAGUCAGUGGCUGGUCAUUUGCCACAUGUCAGUCAGAUGACUUCUUUUGAAAGUAGGCAGUUCGUGGCCGUGUUUAUUGACAAAAUGGACCGUGAUAGCUAGAAGUCUGGCUGGCGUGACAAAAAAAAAAAAAAAGAAAAUGAUGUUGGCUUUCUAUCCAACAGUUUUAUGUGCAUUUGAUGAAAACUAACAUUGAAAAUAAAGAAAAUGGAGGGAAAAACACUUCCCAUCAGUGCUUUAUUUUAAUAUUUAUUUAUUUAUUUUUUUCGAACUUGCAGUCCCUUGCAUCAUUUUAAGCAGAAUAAAUAUGAACGAUUUUUUUUAUAGCAUUGAAGGUUUGUAGACCAUGAUUGAUAUGUAAACAGUCAAGUCAAUCUGGCAACCCUGGCCUCAAAACUGUCAAUGUUCAAACACAAACACUUGGAAAAUUGGUACAUUUAACAUGUAGUGGUUGCAGUAAUUCACACUUUCUCUUGUUCCUUGGAAAUGGAAAUUUUAGGUGUAUCAAACUUUAAUAUCUAAGUAAUACAUGAAGUAAGUUCUGCUUAUUCUUACACAACAUACACAAAUGUAAUUUCACUUUUUUACCAAACGAUGGUCCCACAAGGUAUUACGUCAUGUGUUUUCGUUUUCCUGAGGAUUUUAAUGUUACCCAGCAUGAUGACUUCCCCUCCCCUCCGCUGUCAGCUGAAGCCUGGUGUUGAAAAAUGGCUUAUUUUGUGUGGUUGGUGUGACUGAAUGAGUGAAAAUGAGUGAAACCUCCACACUCUGAAGCCCCCUCACCCCCCCAACACUUUCUCCUCUUUUCACCCCUUUAUUUUGCCUAUUUUUUAAGACUUGCCUUUUUGUUGCUGAUCAGCACAGCGCUUUUUUACAGAUAAAGCAGGCUAAAACAGAGAAAAGCCCUGUGGGGGCUGCGGUGGGCUUCAUGCAUUGUGUCGCCUCAACGGGGUAAUUGUUCGACUCAGAGAAAGAGGAGGGGCUGUUCGUGAAGGACUUGGGGUAGCACAAUAGGUCCCCCAAGGACUGAAAGACGGACACAACCCUAUCCCAAAAAAAGAAAAAAAAAGAAAAAAGACACAAGCAAAAAGGCCCAAAAGUAUGGCUUUUAUAUGUCACAUCUCCAUCGUAAGAACAAAAGCACUGUAGAGACACGACGCAUGCAAUGCCUACUGAUAGUAUUCGCGUUUUUUUUUUGCAGUGCUAUAUAACCAUUUUUAUCCUCCUAAUGUUGAUAUUCUUGUAUUUUUAAUGUCUUACUGAACCUCACUUGGAAAGCUCACACACUCGCGCUUGUCGUCCGCCUUUGUUCCUGAUUAAAUCACAAGGCUACCAGAUUUUAAAAAGACUCUCUCUUUUCUUGUCCUCUUCUGGGAAGACCGAGGAAACCUGAAAGAUGCCAGCUAUUCCUCGCCGAUCCCUUUCUCCUCCUCCUCCUCCUCCAUCCCUCCUCCAUCCCUCAUUCUCUGUUUCUUGACGAGAUCAGCUUCCUCGCCUUGGUGACCAUUCUGUUUUUCUGCACUCCGGAAAGCUUGGAUACACUUUUGAAAUGCUAAAAAUCCCCAUUGGACGUGUCUGUGUGGUAGAGAGAGCACACUAAAGAGCUUUAAAGAGAAAAGAGAAGGGGGGGUAUUAAAUUGGCAGGAAAAAGAAGGGGGUCACUAAUUAGUUGAUUUAAUGACAUGGACCCUCCCCAUCGCGGCCUGUGCAACUUCUCACACAGGCUACCUUUGAUCACUCUCGGCCCCCGUUGCAUCAUGGGAUCUCGUCUGAGGCAGGAGGACUACCCGCCCCGCAUCGUGGAGCAUCCCUCCGACCUGAUCGUGUCCAAGGGCGAACCUGCCACCCUCAACUGCAAGGCCGAGGGACGGCCCACGCCCACAGUGGAGUGGUACAAGGAUGGCGAAAGGGUGGAAACGGAUCGGGACGACUCGCGUUCCCAUCGCAUGCUCCUUCCCACCGGUUCUCUGUUCUUCCUGAAAAUAAUCCACGGACGUCGGAGCAAACCGGACGAAGGCUCGUACGUCUGCGUGGCUCGCAACUAUCUCGGAGAAGCCGUUAGCCACAACGCGUCGCUGGAAGUAGCCAUUCUCCGUGAUGAGUUCAGGCAGAACCCCAGCGAUGUGAUGGUGGCCGCUGGAGAACCGGCAGUGAUGGAGUGCCAGCCUCCUCGCGGUCACCCAGAACCCACCAUCUCCUGGAAGAAAGAUGGCGUGAACGUAGACGACAGAGAUGAACGUAUAACAAUCCGAGGCGGGAAGCUGAUGAUCACCAACACGAGGAAGAGUGACGCCGGGAAGUACGUGUGUGUGGGAACAAACAUGAUGGGGGAACGGGAGAGUGAGAUCGCCGAGCUCACCGUGCUUGAGAGACCCAGUUUCCUGCGCAGGCCGAGCAGUCAGUCGGUUCUGGUGGAGCAGAGUGUGGAGUUCAGGUGUGAGGCGCAGGGAGACCCCAUCCCCACCGUCCGCUGGAGGAAAGAGGACGGAGAACUACCCAAGGGAAGGUUCGAGAUCCGUGAUGACCACACUCUGAAGCUGAAGAGGUUGAGCUCGGCCGACGCCGGCUCCUAUACCUGCCUGGCUGAGAACAUGAUGGGGAAGACAGAAGCCACAGCCACCCUCACCGUCCACGUGCCUCCGGUGUUUGCGGUGCGGCCGAGGAACCAGGUGGUCGGGUUGGGACGCACCGUGACUUUUCAGUGUGAGGCAACAGGAAGCCCACAGCCGGCCAUCUUCUGGCAGAGAGAGGGGAGUCAGAACCUGCUGUUCUCCUCUCAGCCUCCUCAGUCCUCCAGCCGGUUCUCCGUCUCUCAGACCGGUGAUCUGACCAUCACAGGAGUGGAGCGCGGAGACGGCGGCUACUACAGCUGCCAGGCGCUCAACAUCGCAGGAAGUGUGAUUACUAAAGCUCUGCUGGAGGUCACCGAUAUCAUCUCAGACCGGCCUCCGCCUGUGAUCCGUCAGGGGCCCACCAAUCACACGGUGCCGCUCGACGGUACGGUGGUUCUGGGAUGCAAGGCGACGGGAACGCCUCCACCCACCAUCCUGUGGAAGAAAGACGGGGUUCUGGUGUCCACUCAUGACUCCCGGUUCAAGCUGCUGGACUCGGGCGCUCUGCAGAUCCGCUACGCCAAGCUUGGAGACACGGGUGUGUAUACAUGUGUAGCAACCAGUCCCAGCGGAGAAGCAUCCUGGAAGGCCUACCUGGAAGUUCAAGAGUUUGGUAUUGGAGUUCAGCCUGGUCGACCCACUGACCCCAACCUGAUCCCCAGCGCUCCCUCCAAACCCGAGGUCACUGAUGUCACUCGCACCACCGUGUCUCUGUCCUGGAAGCCUGACCUUCACUCCGGAGCGACGCCCACCUCAUACAUCAUCGAGGCCUUCAGUCAUGCAUCCGGCAGUAGCUGGCACACCCUAGCAGAGCAUGUGAGGACUGAGAGCUACGUGUUGAAGGGCCUGAAGCCCAGCGCCGUCUAUCUGUUCCUAGUCAGAGCGGCUAAUGCAUACGGCCUGAGUGACCCGAGUCCCAUCAGCGACGCCAUAAAAACACAGGAAAUUCCUCCAACUAGUCAGGGAGUGGAGCACGGACAGAUCCAGAGGGAGCUCGGGGACGUUGUCAUCCACCUCCACAAUCCCACCAUCCUGUCCUCCUCCUCCAUCCGUUUGCAGUGGACAGUGGAGCAGCAGUCCCAGUACAUGCAGGGCUAUAAGGUGAUGUACCGCGUGUCGUCUGAGUCGGGGCAGACGCGGAGUGACUGGGCCGUGUUCGAGGUCAGGAGUCCUGCCGAGUACACGGCCGUGAUCGCUCAGCUCCGCAAAGGCACCACCUACGAGUUCAAAAUACGACCCUUCUUCAACGAGUUCCAGGGCACGGACAGCGACAUCAAAGUGGGCAAGACGCUGGAGGAAGCCCCCAGCGCAGCGCCCAGAGGUGUGACCGUCACACAGAAUGGAGACAAUGGCACGGCCAUCCUGCUGUCCUGGCAAGCACCUCCUGAGGACGAGCGUAAUGGAGUGGUCCAGGAGUACAGGGUCUGGUGUUUGGGAAACGAGAGUCGUUACCACAUCAACCGCACAGUGGAUGGUUCCACCUUCUCCAUGGUGAUCACGGGUCUGGUCCCGGGCAUCCGUUACGGCGUGGAGGUGGCAGCCAGCACCGGAGCCGGACCCGGAGUGAAGAGCGAGAUCACCUACUUCCAGCUGGACUCCUCAGGGAAGAUGACUCAGUCCAUAGUGGACCCAGAGGACACACUCUCUCAGCAGAUCUCAGACGUGGUAAAGCAGCCAGCCUUCAUCGCCGGGAUCGGCGCGGCGUGUUGGAUCAUCCUCAUGGUGUUCAGCAUCUGGCUGUACCGCCAUCGCAAGAAGAGGAGCGGCCUGAGCACGAGCUACGCCGGCAUCCGCAAAGUGCCAUCGUUCACCUUCACGCCUACCGUUUCCUAUCAAAGAGGAGGAGAAGCUGUGAGCAGUGCUGGCAGGCCUGGUUUGUUGAAUAUUAGCGACUCGGCCACCCAGCCCUGGCUAGCGGACACAUGGCCCAACAACUGCUCCAACCAGAACGACUGCAGCAUCAACUGCUGCACCGCCAGCAACGGCAACAGCGACAGCAACCUGGCCACCUACAGCCGCCCUGCUGACUGCAUCGCUAACUACAGUCAGAUGGACAGCAAACCCAGCAACCUCCUGGUGCCGGACUCAUCCCUCUACGGAGACGUUGACCUCUCCAACAAGAUCAACGAGAUGAAAACGUUCAACAGCCCCAACCUGAAGGACGGGCGAUUGGUGGGGCCUGCGGGCCAGCCCACGCCUUACGCCACCACCCAACUCAUUCAGUCCAGCCUGGGCACCAACCACAUUGGCAGCGCUGACCUCAACGAGAAGCAGAACUGGAAGGGCUGCCAAGGGACACCUCAGAAACAGCAGGAAGUGACCUCACAGCUGCAGCACAGCAUCAUGGAGCAGAACAAGCUGAACAAGGCCUCAGACCACUACAGAAGCGGAGACAGCACCAUGCCAGCCACCAUCCCGUAUAACCAGGCUCCUGAUCCCAAUCCCGCCGGCUCCUACAGCAGCUCCGACCGAGGCAGCAGCACAUCCGGGAGUCAGGGGCAGAAGAAAGGGGGGCGAGCACCUAAAGUGCCCAAGCAGAGCGCAAUGAACUGGGCUGACCUGCUGCCUCCUCCACCCGUCAGCCCACCGCCAUGUCAGGACUACGGCAUCUCAAUGGAUGACAGCUACGAGGCUGAGCUCCAGUGCCCAGUCCCUCCGUCCCGCAUGUACCUACAGCCUGAUGAGUUGGAGGAGGAAGCAGAUAUGGAACGCGGCCCUACUCCUCCGGUCCGAGGCACCGCCUCCUCUCCUGCCGCUGUGUCCUACAGCCACCAGUCCACUGCCACCCUCACACCGUCCCCACACGAAGAGAUGCAGCCCAUGCUCAUGGAGAACUCAGAGAACCUACACGAGCGCAGACGACAGUUGGUUAGCCCUCCUCCACCACCACGGCCUGUCUCCCCGUCUCACACGUACGGCUACAUCUCCGGCCCCCUGGGUCUGGACACGGACGGCAUGGAGGACGAGGAAGAAGCAGACGAGACAGAUGCAGAAGUGCCACUGGUCCACCAGCGAUACCCUCACGCGCUCGUCCCUACACAUCAGCACGGGGUGCAUCCGAGGCUGACGCUGCGUGGGCUGGAUCAGACGCCGGCGUCCAGCACGUGUGAGCUGGACAGCUCCGUCACUGGCUCCAUGAUCAACGGCUGGGGCUCUGCGUCUGAGGAGGACAGCGGGUCAUCGGGACGCUCCAGCAUCAUCAGCUCAUCCGAUGGUUCCUUCUUCACCGAUGCUGACUUUGCACAGGCCGUGGCCGCCGCCGCCGAGUAUGCCGGCCUCCGCGUCGCAAAGCAUUCUGGGAAAGGGCCACCACACUAUACCGGGCCAGGAGCACGGAAAUACCAAAACCUGCCUUCAGGCCACCGUCCAGCAAGUCCCUUUUCUACAGAUAGUAAUAUGAGUGCAGCUGUGGUGCAGAAAAGACCUCCAAAGAAACAGAAACAGCAAGCAGCUGGACACUUCCAGCGAAGAGAGGCUUACACAGAUGACCUUCCUCCGCCACCCAUCCCACCUCCAGCCAUGCUCAAGUCCCCAACUCACCCAGCCAAGGCAGCGGCAGAGACAGGAAGAAGGUCCAGCUCAGCUGAGAGCAGGGACAAGAGAGACAAGAAACUCAGAGACGCCUCGGACACAAGAACCAGCUCGUCAGAGCGUCGAGAGGCUCAAGAAAGACAGAGGGCUCAGAGAGCAGGGAAAGCCAGCAAACCAGAGCCAAGCGCAGGACGCCAGGACCCAGAGGACAUUGUGCCCUACAGUCGACCCUCUUUCCCAGGCGUCCACAAUCCCCGGGGUGAGAGAGAGCCGAGCUCCUCCAGCUCCAUGUCAUCACGAGGUUCUGGAGGCCGGAGGAGAGGUGAAGGAGUCUCUGGGAGCCGCAGGAAUCCUGCAGAAAUUAGCCUCAACACCGUAGGAGCCUUCCAGCCAGGAGACGAGCAACUGGAGAUGGCAGAAAGCUGAAGUCGGAAUGGACACGUCGCUAUUUUAGCAACCAUCUUCAAUUUUAACCAUCUCAACCACGCCUUUCCUUUCAUAACUACCAAUCUUGAAAACUGACCAACGGUUUAACUCUUUUAUUGUGCGUUUAAAGGUCAUUUCACAAAAAAAAAAGAAAAAAAAAACAAAAACAAA